CUUUUUUACAACACGCACAGCACACCCAAGAACAGUCUAUUCUAUUUUCCAUCAAUGACAUAAAAACAAACAGCUCCAUUAAUCGUAAACUCUCAAACAAAUCAUGGCCAGAAAUCUAAGUGAAGCUGCUAAAAGAGGAGACCUCGAAAAACUCCACAGUCUCAUAAAAGACGAUCCUUUUCUAUUACGUGGCGCGAAUUUAUCCGAGGAAAACAAUCCGUUACACUUGGCCUGCAUCGGUGGCCACAUAGAUUUCGUUCGACUGGUCGUGAGUCUAAGUCCCGAGCUCGCCCGAGAACUUAACCAUGACGGUUUUACCCCUCUUCACAUAGCCUCAGCAAGUGGGGCCAUAGAAAUUGUGAAGGAGCUGCUGAGUUUGAACUCAAACCUCUGUUUGGUCAAAGGAAAGGAAAAGAGAAUCCCACUUCAUUGUGCGGUGGUCAAAGGCAGAGUCGAAGUCGUGAGAGAACUGAUCUCGGCUUGUCCGAAUUCGGUUAAUGAAGUUACCGCGCGAAGAGAAUCUUGUUUCCAUUUGGCUGUGAAGAAUAAUCAGUUUGAGGCCUUUAAGGUUCUUUGCGCGCAAAAUGGUGGUGUUCCGAACGUGAAGGACGUGCAGGGGAACACGGUUUUGCAUCUCGCGGCUUAUGGAAAGUUUUAUGAGGUUUUCGACUUGUUGUUCGACGAUAACUUGGGGUACAAGGCGAAUUUGGACAUGAACCCGUUGAACGAUAAGGGUCUAACCCCACUCGAUGUCCUAAUAUCCGAAGGCGGCGACCCGGAUAUCGAGCAAAUUCUUACGCGGGCCGACUCGAUUACGAGUCGAGAAGCCAAUGCCAUUCGUCAAACUCUCCGAAACCCGUCACCAAAUAAUAAUAAUAAUAAUAAUAAUAAUAAUAAUAAUAAUAAUAAUAACAACGACCGAAGCUACAAGAAUACUUCAAAGAAGCUACAAGAAUACUUCAAAUACGACGUGGCCCGAGAUUCUCCGAGCAAGGCCCGAGACACUCUCCUCGUGAUAUCCGUGCUAAUCGUGACAGCCACGUACCAGGCUGUCCUGAGCCCACCUGGCGGUGUCUGGCAAGACGACUUCACGCCACCUGUCGGCUCAAACGGGACGUCCCACACGGCGGGCCAGUCGGUCAUGGGGACUCAAAGCCCGGUCAACUACGGGCUUUUCUUGCUUUUCAACUCCCUCGGGUUCUUUAUGUCCCUUCACAUGAUGAACUUUCUCACACUCGGGCUUCCCCUGCAGUUCGAGCUACGCGUGGCGCUUGGUGCAGUGAUAGCUACUUACGACACGUGUAUGGUGGUGAUCACGCCAGAUGGCGUGAUCUCGAUUUUCUUCACGGCAUUGUCGAUUGUGAUUCCUUUGAUGAUGCCGGUGCUGACGAAGGUGGCGAGGGAUUUUCGGAAGGGGGGCACGAUAUCCGAGGUCUCGGGUGGGAGAGUGAGCGUGUGA